AUGUCAACAGCAACAGCUACAGAAUCUCAAGUCAAUGAGAUUGUUCAAAAAUAUCAAACUUUAGAUUUGAAAAAUCCACCAAAGUCAAAUUCUACAAUUCAAGUUGAAUUGAAAAAUCCAAAUGGUGUUAAAGAAGGGUUUGGUGAUGAUUAUUCAAAAUAUUUACCUCAAUCAACAAAAGAUCGUUUCCAAAGACAUGGAAUUGAUAUUUCAAAAGGUUAUCCUGAACGUCCUCAAAGUAUUCCAUUAUUCUUAGAUGAUGCUUAUAAGAUUAGAAAUCAAGCUGAUCCAAAUUAUAUUGAACGUGGUGUUAAUGCUGAUCCUGAAAAAAAAGCUUUAUUCUCCAAGGCGAAAUUAGUUAGAAAUUUAACUAAAUAUGUUGGUACUGAAUUAGUUGGAGUUCAAUUAUCUGAUUUAAAUGAUCAAGAAUUAGAUGAAUUAGCUUUAUUGAUCAGCGAACGUAUUGUUGUUUUCUUUAGAAAUCAAGAUUUAUCACCUCAAGAUCAAUUAAAAAUUGGUGAAUUCUUUGGUAGUGUUGAAAAACAUCCUUUAGCUGCUCAAGUUUCAGGUCAACCUGGUGUUACAACAAUUUGGGGAAAAUUUAAUAGAAAAGAUAAAGAAACUGAUUUUAAGAAAAGAGGUGGUAAUUUAUGGCAUACUGAUUUAGAUCAUGAAUUUAGAGGUCCAAGUUUAACUCAUUUACAUCUUGAUGCUAUCCCAAAAGAAGCUUCAGGUGAUACUGCAUGGACUUCAGGUUAUGGUGCAUUUGAUAAAUUAAGUCCUGAAUUCCAAAAAUUCUUGGAAGGUAAAAUUGCAAUUCAUCGUUCUGCUCAUAAAUAUUUUGAUCGUGAUGAUGUUUUAGCUGGUGGUAAACAUAUUGAAAGAGAACAUCCAUUAGUUGUUACUCAUCCUGUAACUGGCUGGAAAGCUUUAUUUGUUAAUAGAGGUCAUACUUUAAGAAUUAAAGAUUUAGAACCUGAAGAAUCUCAAACAAUUUUGAAUUAUUUAUUUAAUGUCUUGGAGAAGAAUUUAGAUAUUCAAGUUCGUUUCAAUUGGGCAAUCCCUGAACAAGAUAGAUCACUUGGUGCUUCUGCUAUUUGGGAUAAUAGAGUUUCAAAUCAUUAUGCUAUUGCUGAUUAUGAUGAUGAAACUGAUGAAAGACAUGGUACAAGAGUUACAUCUUUAGGUGCUCCACCUGUUUAUAAAGAAGGUUCAAAAUCUCAACGUGAAGCUUUAGGUUGGGAUAAAUGA